AUGACUACCAUCACUGAUGUUCCCUACCUUUUGUUUCUCAGCAUGUGCAACGAGUUCUCCUCCAUAUUCCAGCUGUGCCAGUUUGUGAUGGAAAACUCCCAGAAUGCACCGCUGGUCCACGCCACACUAGAGACUCUGCUCCGCUUCCUGAAUUGGAUUCCUUUAGGUUACAUCUUCGAGACCAAGCUCAUCAGCACUCUGGUCUACAAGUUCUUGAAUGUGCCCAUGUUUCGCAACGUUACGCUGAAAUGUUUGACAGAGAUCGCCGGCGUGAGCGUCAACCAGUACGAGGAGCAAUUUGUCAACCAGUUCACCCUCACCAUGGGCCAGCUUAAACAGAUGCUGCCUUUGAACACCAACAUCCGAGUGGCCUACGCCAACGGGAAGGACGACGAGCAGAACUUCAUCCAGAACCUCAGCCUGUUCCUCUGCACGUUCCUCAAAGAACACGGACAGCUCAUCGAGAAGAGGAACAACCUGAGGGAGUCGCUCAUGGAG